AUGCUUCUUUUUCUUUGGAUCUUAUUAGUUCCAGGAGGAUUGGCUCUUUCUUUGUCAUUUAGCACUCCGUCAUCAGUAUUUUAUAAGUAGACAACGGCGUAUACCACAUUUUCUGUCACAGUCACAAAAUCUCAAAGUGACACAGCUUCGGUCUAUUUGAGCUUGGAUCCUUCAACUGCAUCAAGCAGCGUCAUUUUAUAUGGAAAUCUUGCAGUGACCUUUUCAUCGAGCUCAAGCACUGCUACCUUUAGUAAUCUUUACAUUACAACAGUAAAAUCUAAUUUAGACCGGAACCGGAUAAAUUGCAUUAACGUAAGUAUUUUAAGGUGUUUAGUGCCUCUAAAUUCCACAAGAUAGAGACUUAGCCCAACUAGUGACGUCAAGAGCCAUUCCGUCACUUAAAUGGCACACCAAUGGGCAGGCUUUCCAAAGCAAUGCCAUCACCAGUCAUUAGCGCUGUCGCUCUCGUAAGACUUACUCCCCCCCCCCCUCCGUGAGCGAACAAAACCAUUAGAAAAAUCGCCAUUUUUUGACCAAAAACCCACCCUCCGUGAGUGAACAAAAAUUUUUUUAAUAGAAAAAAUUUAAUGGAAAAAAAAUUUUUUGAUAUAUAAGUGAUAAUUAGUAUAAUGAAAUCUAGAGCUAAUUCUGUUUAAAUUUAAAACAAAUUGCGUUUUAAAAUAUAAAUUUUGCAAAUUAAAUUAAUAUUUGCUUCCAAAUUUUUUGCAAAUUAGGAUUUUUUUAAAUUUCGAAAAAAAUAUUUUUUUUAUAAAAUUUAUAUAUAAAUUUUUUUUAAAAAAAAAAAUUAACCCCCUCCGUGAGCGAACAAAAUUUUUUUGUUCGCUCACGGAGGGGGGGGGGGGAGUUAGUAAAAGCACGUGUUCCAUCUAAGGGUUAUCCUCUCUCUGGUGUGAUAAGUGGUAAAAUCCUUCCUCUUGAUGCACUAAAGAUCAAUUCCUCUGGUUAUCCCAAAUUUAAACCGCUAUUGCAGAAGUUGUCGAGAUUAAACCAAAACACCAUAAAUAAAAUUUCAUGAGAGAAAAUUAGCAAAGCUAAUUCCUCUCGAACUGAAUACCAUUUUAUUUAUAGAUCGAAAGCGGAUACAAACUUAUAGCUUCUGCAAUAGGCUACGGCUCUGUGUCCAGCAGCUCUUUUGACAUUACUUCAGGCACCUCUCAAACGCUUUAUUUUUCAGCUCAGCCUACAAGUGCUUCUGACCCUUGUUCCAGCGAUGUAAUAGUCCAGGUUUUGAACCCUCCUAUAGGUAAAAAUACUGUGGAUACGUCCUUUGCUAGCUCAAUUACGUUGAGUCUGAUACCUGGAAGUGGCUAUGGUACAAUGUCAAGCGUUUCAGUGACAGCUACAAAUGGUGUAAGUACUUUUAGCUCAUGUUCUGUCACCGGAGCUGGGACUUUUGUGUUAAAGGCAAGCGCUUCAGGCCUGAGCGACGCUUAUAGCAGCUCUUUUACAAUAUCUUCAGGAACCCCGUCAUCUAUAACGUUUAACUCUUAUCCGACUACUAUUUAUAAAGGAUCAGGAUUUUCAGUGACGGCAACUGUUACAGAUUCAAGCGGAAAUAAGGUUGUUUCCAGCAUCAAGUGUUACUUACAAGCAAAAUCAGGAAAUGGGCAAAUAAGCAGUGGCGGGAGUGCAACACUUAAUCUGGGCAGUCUGUCGUUUUCCAAUGUAAUUUAUACUGGAACUGGCUCAGUUGAAGUCGAAGCUCUUUGUUCAGGAUAUUCAGCAUUUGCGACAACUUUUACAGCGACGUCAUAUUCUAAUGGAGAGCUUGCUAUAAAUUUGAAUGAUGCGAUUUUUGAAGGGACUUAUAACCAAUAUUACCAGAUAAGCUGUUUUAUAUAAAGCUUGUCAGGUUAUUUGUUUAAUAUAAUUAUUAAGGCACUUGCUAUAAAAAAAAAAUUUAUAUGAAACUAAUUUAAAGCAGCUUAUAUUUAACUGAUAAACCACUAUACGAUGUGAUCGUCUCUAUCAGCUCAAAAGACUCCUCAUCCUUAGAAAUCACUACAACUACCCUUACAUUUACAGAUUCAAACUACGCCACAGCUCAAAAAGUUUACUUCAAUACUGGGAUGCUUGCUUCAACUUCUUAUCCUGUCAACAUCGGUGUGAUCCACUCAAUUUCUUCAUCAGAUUCCACAUACAACGGUGUUGCUAAUUUCCAAACUUGCUUAACUGCUUCUUCAGGCUCAAUUUCAGUGCCAAUAUAUGGGAGCACUAAAUAUUAUAUUCAAGCAGACUCUUCUGUAGGCCUCCAAGCUAAAGACAGCACUCAGCUCUAUAUUUCAAUUGGAGCUGCGCCAUCGUCAGAUGUAGUAGUUUCGAUGACAUUAAGUAACUCAUAUAUAACACUGAGCUCAAGCCAAGUGACUUUUACGUCAUCAAGCUGGAGCACACAGAGGAUUUUAAUAACGGGCCCUUCAAGUGCAUCAUCUCCUUAUCAGACCACUACUAUUACAUAUACAGUCUCUACGUCAGAUUCAAAUUUUAUAGUGCUUUCCCGUUAUUGAUUACCAUGAAAUAGAUGACUUGAAGCUCUGAUGAGUCACGUAAAGGUGGCAAGCCAACUCAAAGUUAACAAAUCUUUAGAAAAGGACGCCCUUUGGCAGCUUGCAGUUGACUUGCUACCUUUACGUGACUCGUUAGAGCUCCAAGCUAUCUGCUUUAAGACAAGCAAUAGUGGUGAAGGUGUUAUAAUAGUGCAAUAUUUUAUCCUUCAGAUAAAACCACCACAGCAGUUAUUCUUCCAGCAAGUACUCCUACUAUAAAAGUGAGCAACUUAGCUAUUUUGGUUCAAAGUAAGCAAUAUGCGACUUUUGAUGUAUGACUAUCCUCACAACCAUCGUCAACAGUAACUGUGACUAUAUCAUCUUCAGAUACAACAAAUUUAUCGUUGACGACCUCUUCAUUAAGCUUUACGACGUCUGAUUAUAAAUUAUUUAAACAGGCCACUAUAUAUGCUGCAGCUGGCUCGAUGGGAAGCACACCUUACACAGCAGUAACUGUUACUUUAUCUGAUUCUAGUGGAGGAUAUAGCAGUGUUACUAUAGUAGUCUCUGUGGCAAAUAUAUGUAUAAAUGCACCUUAUGCGUGGCCAAAUGGGCCGAAAUGCACAUGCCCAGCUGGGUUCAAUUGUAUGGGGUCUACACCAGUCCCAUGUCCUCCUGGCACUUAUUCAGCUCAAGAUGAUAUGGUCUGCACAGCUUGCCAGGCAGGACAAUAUUGUGCAGAUCCUACUCAAACUGCACAAAGCUGUGCCUCUGGGACUUACUCAUAUGAAUAUUACUCAUUUUGUCUUGCUUGUCCUGGUGGGUUUUCAUGCCCAAAUCAAAGCGGCUAUGAAAUUCAGCGAUGCGUCCAAGGACAGUACUCAGAUCCAGGCUCAGGUACUUGCAGUUCACCUACUUCUGGUGAGAUGGCUCCAGGCCCUGAAGUCUCUUUUACAGUUGCAUGUCCGAGCGGCUAUAUAAUAGUAGGAUCUCCUGAUAUAUGUGUGCCUUGUCCUGCUGGUGUUUCUUGUAGCGGAAACCCUGUUACCUAUACAUCAUGCAGCGCAGGGACUUAUUCUUUAGCUGGGAUGGCUAGUUGUGCGACUUGUCCUGACAAUAUGGAAUGCGACCCAUUCCAAGGACCUACAAGAAUUUGCCCAGAAGGGACAUACAGAGCUUCAGGAGAAAGUGUGUGUAAGCUAUGUCCUGCUCACUAUUAUUGUUCUGCCAGCGAAGGCACUGGAUCAAGCGCUAGGCCAAAAGCUUGUGCAACAGAUUAUGACUCAGUUGAAGGCUCAGCAUAUUGCAAGUCAACUACUACCUUAGCAGGUUAUCCAGGUUUGACGACAAGUGGAAGCAGCGUUGUAACAUCUACAGACGUUGAUGAUUAUGUGAAAUCUUAUGAUGCUUGGAAAGACAAUAUUAUUUGUUCAUCAGGAUGGGGAUGGUGCUAUCCAAUACCAGGAGGAGAAGAUGGCGCUGGCAAUUAUGCUACUUCCAACAAAUACUCUUAUAUUGGCUCAGAUACUAUAAGUCCAGCAUUUAUAGGCUUCUGGCUGCCAGAUAAUGCAGAUAGACCUGAUAUGAUUGGAUUCGAAUGUUGGCCAGGCAACUACUGUGAUGGGUCUUCUACAAUGACAAAAUGCGGCGAUGGAAAAUUUAAUGCUGUUGUCAGAGCUUAUGACAGUACUUUUUGUUUUGACUGUCCAUUAGGAUAUGAAUGCAUUGCUGGCACAGGAAACUAUGAAAACUCCCCUUGCCCUCAAGGGAAAUAUUGUGAAGCAGGGGUAUCUACUGGCACAAAUUGUCCAGAAGGUACUUAUUAUAAAAAACUUAGAGCUAUUUCAGAAGGGUACUGUUUACAAUGUCCUGAAGGCUACUACUGCCCUGAAGGCACCGGAAAUCCUAUCAUUUGUCCUGCAGGGAGAAUUUGCCCGAUUGGAAGCACAUCUGCUACCGCAUGCCCAGAAGGCACUUAUAACCCAUUAACAGGAAAGUAUAAAAUAGAAGACUGCUUAUUAUGCCCAGCAGGGACUUCCUGUGGCUCGGGCUCAGCACAGCCACUUCCUUGCUCUCCAGGAAAAAUUGGCCCAUACCAAGCAAACCCUCUAAGCAGCUGCUGGGUCUGCCCUGCAGGCUAUGCAUGCCCAGGAGCAGGCAUGGUAGAAGCUAUCAUGAAAUGUGAAAUUGGCUAUUAUUGCCCUGAGGGCUCGACCCGCAAAACCCAAAACCCAUGUCCUCCAGGCACCGUCGGUACCAUGUAUGGAGCUUAUGGUCUAGCCCAAUGUGACCAAUGUCCUCCUGGUUUUGCCUGUGGCUAUGCUACGAACUAUGUAAAUAACCCUCCAGUAGUAUGUGCUGCUGGGUAUUAUUGCCCAAUUGGCACUCAUUUUACUAAAGAAUUUCCAUGCCCUGCUGGCACUUAUAGCGAAAAUACUCGUGUAGAAGGUGUUCAUGAGUGCUUAAUUUGUCCUGCUGGCUAUUACUGUCCAGCUGGGACAUCAUCAUAUUCUUCAAACACUUGUCCAGCUGGGUAUUAUUGUCCAAGAGGCACUACUUAUGAUAAGCAGUAUAUAUGCCCAGUAGGGACUUAUAAUGCAGGUGCAGCAAGUGACCAAGGAGAAUGCACAUUUUGUACUGCUGGAAACUUUUGCCCUGGGUAUAUUUCUUCGUCAUCACCACCUAUACCAUGUCCAGCUGGGACCUAUAUGGAAGAAUUAGGAGCUCAAGAUGGAGGACCAGGGGUUUAUCCCAGCUGUAAAAGAUGCCCUGCAGGAAAAUAUUCAAGUGCUUCAGGUUUAAGUUCUUGUACUGAUGCAGAUAAAGGCUCUUAUACUUAUGAAGGGGCAUCAGGGCAAAUUACAUGCAAGGCAGGAUUUUUCUGUGCUGAGGUAGCUACUUCAGAGCUUAUGAUGUAUUUAUCAGUUUGUCCAGCUGGAUUUAAAUGUACAUCAGGCAUGAACAGUUAUCCUACUUUGGGUUCAAAUGGAUGUCCAGCUGGUCAAUACUGCCCUGAAGGCUCCUCAUCAGGCACAAACUGCCCUGCAGGGACUUAUAGAAACACUAAAGGUGCUAAAUCUGUCAAAGACUGCAAAACAGUGCCUGCUGGGUACUAUGUGAGCUCUGCUGGAACCUCUGAUUACUCCGGCUAUCUCUGUAGUGCUGGUUAUUAUUGUCCUAAAGGCUCAACAACGUCUACAGCUAUGGCUUGCCCUGCAGGGACAUUUAGAGAGGAAACUGGCGGAGCUUCUGUAUCUGACUGUGCCUCAUGCACUCCUGGCUACUAUUGCCCUACAACAGCCACAACGACCCCAACAAUUUGUACUAUUGGAUCAUACUGCCCAUCAGGCACCAUUACUCCUUUACAAUGUCCAAGCGGCACUUAUGGAGCCAAUACAGGCUUGGCUACUUCUACAGACUGCACUUCGUGUGACGCUGGACACUAUUGUCAAUCUCCAGGCCAAACUGGUACCACAGAUACCUGUACAGAAGGGUUCUACUGCUCAGGAGGAGCUUCUAUUGCUACACCAAAUGAUGGCCAAACUGGGAAAAAAUGUCCUGCAGGAGGGUAUUGCCCAGCAGGGACAACUUCACCUCAAAAGUGUAGCGCAGGGACUUUUAACAAUUUUGAUGGAGGAAGGUCGUCUAGCGAUUGCGUUACUUGUUGGCCAGGAUAUUACUGUGCAGGUACUGAUUUGAGCCCAUCGCCAACAGGAAAGUGCGACCCUGGAUACUAUUGCCCAGCUGGCGAGUCAACUUCUAAUAGUCAUGCUGCUCAAGCAGGGUACUAUGCGCCUUCAGGAAGUGUUGCCCAAAUUGCAUGUGCAGCUGGAACUUAUAAUCCAAGUACAGCAGCGUCUUCUUGUAUAUUUUUUAAGAUUCUUUCACCUUUUUAUAAAUAAAACAAAAUUUAUUUUCAAUAGAUUUCUCUGCUUAUCCUAUCAUAUUUAUGGUAAAAUUAAUGAAAAAAGCAUAUUUCAUGUGACCCAGGAAAUUAUUGUCCUACUACUACACUGACAUCUGUAACACCAUGUGAAGAAGGAAAGUACUGUUUGCAAGGCUCAUUUAUUGGAAAGUUUUGCCCUCCAGGAACGUAUAGAUUAGCAACAGGAGGUCAAAGUAUUGAUGAUUGCACUCUCUGUAACGCUAACAAAUACUGUUUGUACUCUGGCCAAACUGCUGUAGCAGGUUCAUGCUCUGCUGGCUACUACUGCACCUCAAGUUCUCCAUAUCCUCAACCUUAUGCUGAUGUCCCAGGAUAUUACGGCCCAUGUCCAGUUGGGUAUUAUUGCUUACUUCCCCAAUUAAUGCAAUAUUCAUAUUAACUCUGUAUCAGAUAGUAUCGCAUAAUUAUAUUAUCCCUAGCACAAAUUAUGAACUAUUUUUGGAAUGCAGAAUCACUUUACAUAUGCCCACCAUAACUUUAUUUAGACUCUACAUGAAUUAAUUUUUUUGGCAUGGAGAGUGACUCUACAAGCCAAACAAAACACAAAAUUUGUGCCAAAGAUUGUAAUUUAUUUUUGCAUUACUUUUAGCCUGAGGAGGAUAAUUCAUUUUACCAUUUACAAUUUUCAAAAAAAUACUACGUAAAAUCUGUUACAGCAAGUUAGGAAGUUCUGAUCAAACAGCUUGCUUGGCUGGCACAUUUAAUCCAAGCACUACAGGAAGUGAUUCUUCCCAUUGUCUUCCUUGCCCUGCUGGAUAUGCAUGCACAACCACAGCGUUAUCAACAUAUAUGGGCACUCAAUGUAGACAAGGAUGGUAUUGCACUGAGUCAUCUACUACAAGAGAGCCAGGCUCUGGCAUAUGUCCAGAAGGCAGCUAUUGCCCACAAGGAUCUGCAGUAGAUUUGCUCUGUGCAGCAGGAACAUACCAAGAUCUUACGAAUCAAGCAAGUUGUCAGACAUGCCCUCCUGGGUAUUAUUGUCCGCCAGGCACAUCAGACUACACUGCAAAUGUAUGCCCUGCAGGUUAUUAUUGCGAAUCAGGAACUUCAUAUCCUAGCUUCGUCCUUUCUUACUCCCCCCUCCGUGAGCGAACAAAACCAUUAGAAAAAUCCCUAUUUUUUUGCCCAAACACCCACAUUCUGGGAGCGAACAAAAAUUUUUUUGUGGAAAAAUUUUUUUAUGGAAAAAGAUUUGAUAUAUAAGUGAUAACUAGUAUCAUGAAAUCUCGAGCUAAUUCUGUUUAAUUUUAAACAAAUCGCGUUUUAAAACAUAAAUUUUACAAAUUAAAUUAAUAUUUGCUUUCUAAUUUUUGCGAAUUAGGAUUUUUUUAAAUUUUUGAAAAAAAAAUUCUUUAAAUUAUAUGCAAUUUUUUUAACAAAAAAAAUUAACCCUUCGUAAGCAAGAUUUUUUUGUUCGUUCACGGAGGGGGAGUUAGCGAACAAGAUCAAGUGCACUUUGCUAGAUAACGGAUGGGGUUCUCCAAUGGAGAUUGGUUUUUAUUUUAUUUCUAUAUUAAAAUAUUAUUGCCUUUAUUAAAAAGCUAGAGUUUUUAUUCCUUACUCCCCCCCCCCCUUUAAAUUGGAACAAAAAUAUAGGUAAAAUUUCCACUUUUUUGGUAAAUUAACCCCCCUUUAAAUUGGAACAAAAUUUAAUUUUAUAAUAAAAAAUUUUAUAAUAAAAAAUUAUAUAAUAAUUUUUACCUAAAAAGUUUUGAUAUAAAUUAAAUGUUUCUUCUUAACUAAAAUUCAAAAUUUAGUUAUAUCUUGAUCUUGUUUAAAGAAAAAAGUAUAAAGAGCAUCUUAUUUAAAUAUAAAUUUAUUAUCCUUAAUUGCUCAAUUUUAAAAAAACAAUUAAUUUUUUUUUUUAAAAAUUUUUGUUUUUUUUUUGAUAAAAAUGAUAUUUUUUAUUUGGAUAGUUUUGAUAUAAAUUCAAUAGGAAUUCUUUAUAAAAUUUCAAAAUUUAAUUAUUUCUUGCUUUAUUUUAAAGAAUAGAGUAUAAAUAACAUCUUAUUUAAACAAAAUUAGCACUUUGAUGAUAAAUUUUCUAAAAUUUUUUUUUUUUAAUUUUUUUUUAUCAAUAAAAAUAAUAAUUUUUGUGCAAAUAAUUUUGAUGCCAAUUAAUAGUGGCGUAUUAACUAAUAAUAAAAAUUUAGUUAUAUCUUGCUUUGUUUUAAAGGAUAAAGAGUAAAUAGCAUUUUAUUAAACAAAUUUAUUAAUCUAACUCGAUAAAUUUUUGAAUUUUUUUUUUUAAAAAUUUUUAUAUAAAUUUUAUAUAUAAUUUUUUUUUUAUAUUUUUUUUUUAAAAAAAAAUUAACCCCUUUAAAUUGGAACAAAAUUUUUAGUUCCAAUUAAAGGGGGGGAGUUAGAGAGGGAGUAAGCAAUUCCCAUGCCCUGUUGGCACUUACAACCCUAACUCAGGCCAACAGUCCAGUGCUGCAUGCAUCGACUGCACUCCAGGCUAUUACUGCAACCAGCUAGGAGCCUCAGCUGUCGCUGGACAAUGUGACCCAGGCUUUUACUGCAUUUCAAAAUCUACAACUUCCCGACCUCAAGAAAGCCAAACCUAUGGAGGCCGUUGUAAUCCUGGUUACUACUGUCCACAAGGUUCAACUUCAAGCAUUCCUUGUGACUCUGGCAAAUACUGCUCAGCCGAUGAAUUGUCAGCUGUUUCUGGAAGCUGCCAAGCUGGGUAUUACUGUAACUCUAAAGCCACAACUCCAGCUCCAACUGAUGGUACUACCGGAAAUAUUUGUUCACCUAUGUAUUACUGCACAGGAUCAGCUUCUCCAGUCCAAUGCAGUGCAGGAAAUUAUUUGCCAUACUCCGGAGCCUCCGCAAACACUGAGUGUAUUACAUGCUCCCCUGGUUAUUUCUGUGACGGUAGCACUAGUUCAUCAAAUAUGAGGCAAGCUUGCACAGCUGGCUUUUAUUGUCCUGGAGGAGACAUCACGCCUACCUAUGAAUGUGAUAGAGGCUAUUAUUGCCCUGGUGGCACAGCUGAUGAGAUUUUGUGUCCUGCUGGAAAAUAUCAAAUGAAUACCAAACAGUCUUCAUGUGUCACAUGUGACCCAGGGUAUUACUGCGACUUAGGAGCUAGCUCAGAAACAUUGUGCCCUACGGGAUAUUAUUGUCCAUCAGGAACUGGGUACUAUCAUUCUUAUCCUUGCCCAGUUGGAACUUAUAAUAGCUUGAUUGGCCAAAGCGAUUCCACUGCUUGCGUGUCUUGUGACCCUGGAAAAUACUGCCCCACCCUUGGAGCUGCGCUUUAUCAAAGUGUGUGCGCUGAAAGGUAUAAAUAAAAUGGCAUUCGGUUCGAGUGAAAUUAGCUCUGCUAAUUUUCUCUCCCUUAAGUAAUUUUAUUUAUGGGGUUAGGUUUUCUUCUGAGAACUUUCUGUACAGCAAUAGCAGUUUAACUCUGGCAGAUAAGCCGAGGCACUGCUCCAAGUGCAUCAAGAGGCUCGAAGUUUUACCUCUCAGAACACCCAAGGAAGGUAACCCUUAGGCAGAGCACGUGUAGGAGCUAGUCAAUGGAGGCAAGGCAACGCAGCCCAUCGAAGCCAGAACGCUGUUUGGCCAUGCCUUGUUGCAGCAAAUUGGAUCGAUCCUGAGGUUCAUGAGCCCGAUGCGUGGACAAAUAUGGUGACAGCUCUGGAAACGGCUACCCCAUAGUAGACGUUAAACGUUAUAAAUUUAAUGUAAUGUGUGCUGAAGGGUAUUAUUGCAUUGGUGGAGCUUUUACGGAUAAGCCCUCAGGAAGUGACUCUACAGGUGGAAUGUGCAGCCCUGGCUAUUAUUGUCCUGAAGGGAGCAGUGCAGCUACUAAAUGCGAAGCUGGACUUUACUGUGCAGGAUAUGCGCUACCAGCCCAAUCAGGAUCAUGCUUAGCUGGCUACUAUUGUUUGGCAGGAUCUACAGUUGCAAACCCGACAGAUGGAACUCAAGGAAAUAUCUGUUCUCAAGGGAAUUAUUGUCCUACAGAAAGUUCUGCAGUAACUCCUUGCUCAGCUGGAACUUAUAGUCCUUCAGAAGGCUUAAGUGACUAUACUCAGUGUCUUGACUGUCCUUAUGGCAAAUAUUGUAAUUCUCAAGGUCUAAGCUCGCCUACUGGAGACUGUACUGCUGGCUACUAUUGUGACCCUGGAAAAGCCACUCCUACUCCUCCAGAAGGCGAAUGUCCUACAGGCUACUAUUGUGAAGCAGGCAGCUGGGUUCCAAUACCUUGUGCAAUGGGUUAUUAUAAUACUCAAACUCAGCAAUCAUCCUGCACACAGUGUGGUAGUGGUUACUACUGUACAGGCUCUACUGCAAUCCAAACAAACUGCCCUACUGGCUAUCAUUGUCCUGUCGGAACCCGCUAUAGCAAUGAAUACCCAUGCGGCCCAGGCACCUAUGCUGAUGUCACAAACUUAGAGACAUGCAAUACUUGCCCUGCUGGACGAGAAUGCAACAACGCUGCUACAAAUGCCAAUAGCUUAUGCCCACAAUACAAAUAUUGUCCUGAAGGAACUGGGUAUGGGCUUAUUUGUCCUUCAGGCUCCUAUAAUAAAGAUAGUGAAGGUCUUACCGCGGAUACAGAAUGCAGUGUGUGCCCAUCUGGACAAUACUGUGUAGAUGGAAGAAUUUCAGGACAAUGUGCCCCUGGGUUUUGGUGUAAAAAGUCUAGUCCUUAUUCCACUCCUUCUGUAUAUUAUUUAACAGGUACUCCAUGCCCAUCUGGCUAUUAUUGUGGAUUAGGAACAACUACACCGACUAAAUGUCCUGAAGGAAAAUUCAGAAAAGAUACAGGAGCUACCCAGGUUUCUGACUGUACUACUUGUCCACCUGGAAGCUACUGUGUUACAGGAAACCCUACACCUUUUGACUGUCCUAAAGGGAAUUACUGUCCUUCUGGUGUCAAUUCUCCAACACCUUGUCCUAAAUAUACGUAUAAUGGCAGCAAAUCCAUGAGUGAUAUUAACGCUUGCAAGCCCUGUCCAGCUGGUUAUUAUUGUGAUGACACAGGAAUCGGCGAUUAUACUCAAUAUCCUUGUAAAAAAGGCUACUUCUGUGUAUUAGGAGCUACAUCUUAUAUUCCUUGUCCUCCAGGCACUGUAGGCAGCUCAAGUGUAGCAGGUUCUGCUAGUGAUUGUCCGGCUUGUCCUGGAGGCUAUUACUGUGAAGAAGCUACCACCUCUCCAGUGGCCUGUACUAUUGGCACUUAUUGUCCAUUAGGCUCAUCAGCUCCUAUCCCAUGUACUCCUGGCUAUAUCUGCAAUGACCUUACAGAAACCCCUACAAAAUGCCCUGUGCAUUAUUAUUGUCCAUUAUAUGAUAGCACAAACCUUACUAAAUAUUACACUGAAGACGAAGCUAUUGAAUGCCCUACUGGAACUAUCUGCCAAUUAGCUAACUUUUACCCAGAAACAUGUGAGCCUGGGACUUAUAUGGCAGAUAAUGUAUGUAUUGAAUGUGGAGCAGGACUAUAUGCGAAUGGGACGUCGUCAGAAAAAUGCUACCCUUGUGAUGCUGGGUAUCUUUGUGUGGCUGGCGCUACACGUUCAAAUCCUCAGACACUAAGUAAUGAUGGCGGAUACCCUUGUCCAAGCGGGUAUUAUUGCCCUGAGGGCACAGAAUCAGCUAUACCAUGCCCAAUUACGACCUAUAACCCAUCCACCAAAGGAAAAAGUGCUUCAGCCUGUCUGGCGUGCCCAGCAAAUACUUAUGGUGACGAAGAAGGACUGAGUAAAUGCAAAAUCUGUGGGUCACAUGCUUAUUCUGACGCAGGACAGGAUACUUGCCAAUGUAAAGGGAAAUACCGUGGAUAUCAGAAAUAUGAUGGAAGCUGCAUAUGUUUGCCGACUUAUGAGUUUGUAAUUGAAGGGGUAACUGAAAGUGAAGUAGAUUCAGCUGAAGACUGCACACCAAAACAGUAUACCAAUUGUAUAUCAGGACAGGUGAGAAAAGCUGAUGGGUCUUGUAAAAGCUCAGGAAGCUGUGAAAGCGAAUGCAAUGGAGGAUCUGGGAACUUAGAUUCUACUUAUAGUGUCUGCAUAUGUGAUGAUACUCCUAGUGAAGAAGACGUCUGCAAUUCUACUUGUAGAAGCACAUCAGCCAGCGUUACCCUUAAAUCUGAUGGCCAAUUUUACAUCUACAACCCUUCAAGUGGAUCGUCUCGACCAGUCUCCAUGACAGGCUCCAACUAUCUUGGAGCUACCUCAGUCUCAGAUUCUUCCAAAGUCCAUACAGUAGACAUGACUUCAGACGGUCCUCAAGGAGUCUACGGCACUGGCUCUUCCCUUUCCACCUACUACCGUCGUCUUCUUACUGACGACGAAUCUCGUUUCCUUGCCGCUUCUUCUGAAGGUCUUUCCAACCCAAUUGCCUGCAUAAAGCGAAACGACACCUUCUUAUUCUCCUUGACCCCUCGUUCUCACUACCCAGUCUACCUUAAAGACUCCUUAUUAAACACAAAUAAAAACUUUGACUAUGCGGCCUUCAAAGAACUGGAAUGGAGAAUGAAAUCUUCCUCAAGUUACGUCGACACUUUUGCCUUUACCUUUACCGAUGCUGGAAUUUAUGAUUUUGUAGACAAUGCAGACUCUGAUAAACAUAUAAUUAUUGCUGUGGUUGGGGACAGUGAAAGCUGCCCAAGCCAAGACGUCACAUUUUUAGCUAGAACUUCUUUAAAUUUGGACGCUUUAAAUAUAUAUGCAGCUGAUAACCUUAUGACUGAGCCACAGUGGGGAAUUAUUGCAGGCAUUAUUGUUGCGCUGAUUAUUUUGAUUAUUCUUAUCAUAGGAUUUUUAUCAUUUUUGCACUGGAGAGCAUGGGCGUCUGUGAACUCUAAAGAAAGAUUAUACGCGAUGUUGAGAAGCUGCUGCAAGAAAUGCAGGUUUAAGUCAAAUUUAGUCCCAGUUGUCCCUGCAUUUGAGGAGUCUAUAGAAGAUGGUAUUGAUUUUGAUAAAGAAUUGUUGGAGCCGUCACAGUUUAAAGAUAUGUAUGACAACUUGUGCAAGUAUUAUGAUAGAGUUAAGGCAGCUUUUGAUGCCCAGGAUGAAGAAGCUACUAUAGGGUUGAAUGAGCUGUUGGAGCAAGCGAGAGAACUGAAGGACCAGCUUGCAGAUAAAUUGGCGGAUAUUGAUCCAGAGAUAUUGAAACAAAAAAUUGUGGAGGCAGAAUUCGAUGAAGAUGAAGAAAUUGUGCUCCCAGAAGUGGGGCUUAUGUAUUACUGAAAAAAAUGAUUUUAUUUAGUAAAAUUUUCGAUUAAAUAAUAUAGAAAAUUUGGAUCCCAGAAGCCAUAAUUGAUGAAGAAAUUCCAACGACUUAUAAUGAUGCUGUAGCUGAAAUUCUCAGAAAAGAGACUCUGAUAGAAGUAAAAAAUACUGAAAUUUUGAGCAAAGAUAUCCAAAAUAACCCAGAUUUAAUGGAACAUGAUAAACAAGAGCUGAUUGGUGAGCUGAAUGCUAAUAUGCAAAGAUUGGACCAACUCCUUAAUGCUGAUAUACAAAAUUCUCAAUCAGAACUCAAUAAGCGUCUUCAAGAAAGAGCAGCAAAGCGAAGAGCAGCUCAAAGAGAAAAAGCCUACUACGAGCCUAAAAAAGCUGAAAUAAUUGCUAGACAAAAGGAAGAGAGAGAAGCAAUAGAAAAAGAGCUUAAAGAUGAAGUUGAAAAUAUUAAUGAAGACUACUUAAAUGAGAAAGAAAACUACAAAAAAGAGACCAGAAAAGAAGUAUUCUUACUUAUAGCAUUUUUUUGCAAAAGAAAAUAUAUUAUUUAAUUUAAAAUUCAUUAUAAAAUAGCAUAGAGCAGAGACUGUUAGAAAUCCGAACGCAGCUGCAAAACGAUUUACUCCUUUAUCAAUAUUUUUUUUUAAAUUAAAAGAAAUUUUGAGAAUAAAUUAAAAAUUUAAAAAAAUAUUUUUCAGGUCUUGCUAAUUGUUGCACGGAGUUAGCAAACUCUAAAAAUCAGCAGGAAACAGAUGCACUUAUGAAGAACUUUGAAAUUGAAGCAAAAAGAAUUGAAGACCAGCUGACUGCUCAUAAGAAACAACAAGAAGCCGAUUUAUUCAAAAGGCUAGAGGAAAGAAGAAAAGGAAGAUUGGGAAAAGUUAACGCAAACCAUGAAGAGAAGAAAAAAGACAUGGAGGAAAGGCAUCAAGAAGAACUAGCCCAGCUUGAAAGAAAUACUCUGCUGGCUUUUGCUGAAGGAAAUGGAGAAAUAUUGCUUAAUGAAGAUGAAAAGAGAGAAAUAGAAGACGUUGGAGAAGAAUAUGACCAAGAACUAGUAAGACUUCAAGAGGCCCAUCAGCAAGAACUCUUACAAAUUGAUAAUAUCUUAGACCAAGAAGAAGCUGCACAGUCCGAAGAAAAAGAAAGACUUAUUAAAGCCCUUACUUUUUCAGAUCAAUAUUAUUAUUUAUUCACAUAAUUUUUUAUUAUAAGUAAUAUAAGUGACAAUUUUUAGAAAAAAAAUUUUAAAAAUUUUAUCAGGAUUAUGGUAAGUUAGAAAACGCAAGCAGCCAGACUGAAAAAGACCAAAUAUUGAAAGAAAUUGAUAGGCUCGAUGAAGCUAUUGGUAUUCAAAAAGGAAAGCAAGAAACCGACCUCAAACAAAGGCUCCUUGAUAGAAAGAGAAGGAAAGCUGAAAAAGAAGCCCAAAUUAAAGUAAAGCAAGAUCGAGAACGAUUUGACGUAGAAAUGCAACAAAAAGAAGCUGAAAGAGAUGCAAGAAGCAAUAUCGAGAUGAGAAAAAUGGAAGAAAUCCUUGAAAAUGCAGGAAAUAUAUCUGCAGAAGAACUUAUAGGUCUUGCAAGACAGCUGCUUGAAGCCAAACACGACAGAGAAAUCGGUGAACUUACGGCUCUUAAGCAUGGAAAACUACGUGAACGCCAAAACACUUUAAUCCAAGCGGCUGUCAACAUUAAAGCAGUUGAGCGUGCCAGUCUUCGUGCACAAUACUUAGCCCAACGUGAAGCUCUUAAAAAACGCAAGCUUAAACCUGAAGAACUUCAAGCUAAAAUUGAGGAGCUUGAAGCACGAGAAAAAGAAGCUCAAAACCAAUUAGAAUUUAAUAACAUGGCUCAGCUCAAUUCAGAACAAGAUCAAGCUUGGCGAGACGUCGAGGAUGAGUUCAGAGAAAAAUUCAAUAAUUUGGCUGACACUCAUAUGAAGGAAAAUGCUGAAAUUUUCAAGAAAAUCAGUGAAAGCGACCCAAGAAUGGAAAUUUUUUUUUUAAAAAUAAUAAAUUAUAUAAAAUUUUAACUCUCUCCCAUCCUUAUGUACGACACACUGAAAAUUUCAAAUUUUUUAUCAAGUUAUAUAGAAAUUCCCUUUAAUGCACUUCAGCGAAUAAAUUGCCUGCAAAUAAUUUUUUGCGGCCAAAUUGUAGCUUUAGCGGGCAAUUCGACUAUUAGGAACUACGCAUAUAUAAACUUUUAUUUCAGAAAUUUUUUAAACACCUAUCCUUGCUCUAACAAUAUAAUCGGCUCAAUCAAGGAUGACUGAGUAAGGUAAAUUGAUUUAUCCCAAGAAUGGCCAAUGCUAACUUAAGUGAUAUGGAAAAAGAUAUCGACAAACUGAGGUCAGAAAACGAGCGCUUAUAUGCAGAAAAACUACGAGAACUAGACCUUAGAAACCAACAGCUUAGAGAAUUCGAACGAAGAAAAGAACUCGAAAUCAGCAGCAUUCAAGAGCAGCUUAAAGAAGUCGAAGAAAAGCAAAGAAGACUUGAAGAAAUCCAAGAACAGCGUCGAAUUAUGGAAGAAAGACAAAGAAUGAUGGUCGAAGUCAUGAAAGAAAGAGGAAUUUCGCCUGAAAAAAUGGAAGAAUUGCUCAAACAGCACCAAAAAGAAAUGGACGAAUGGGAAAAAUCAAUGGAAGACGAGCGAACACGCCAGAAAAGCCGUCUCCAAGCUAAACUUGACGAAAGAAAGCAAAAAUACCAAGAAAAAAUCAGCUCGCAGAUCCAGAAAUACAAAGAAGAAAACCUCAAACUUAUUGAGCAACAAGACAAAGAAGAACAAGAAAGGCUGAAAAUUAUUUCUUACAGUGGCGUAGAGCUGAAGCUGUGGGAGCCUAAAGAAGAUGUAGAAAGCAACCUAAGAAUUGGAGUAGAAAUGGGCAAAGAUGGAGAAAAAUCUGAUAUGUCUCUGCUAGACCAGAUUUUGCAGAGGGUGAGAAGGGUAGAAAAAAUUGCUGAAAAUGUUGAUACGUCACAGUUUGAUCAGCUGAUGAAGGCGAUGAAGCACGUUAAUGAUAUGGUGGAUAAAGUCAAGAAAAAAAUCCGAUAA